UUGAACACGGAGUGUCACUAAACCCCGUACACGUUUCCGCGUUGGCUCGGCCUGAAUAAUGUCGGGUUUGUAACGUUGUACUAUCAUUUAUUAGGAAGUUUGCGGCGCGUUUGGGUCGGCUCAGGGCGCUUGCGUCACCUCCCAGCAGACCUGAUAACUAAACGCGUUAUUGUUGCGGUGUGAUAAAAUGCGGGUCGGGUGUGAUGCGGGAUUCUGUUCCGUGUCGUCUCUGUUUCUGCAGUGACUCGGGUGUUUCCAUCUUGCCUCCUGUUAGUACGCUUACAGACGCUUUAAAGGCGCAUGAAGGACUCACCUACCUUCUCACGUUAACCCCAAAACAUUCAUUUGACAGAACUGGGCUCUAACAGGUCGAUUAGCCACGAAUGCGUUUGAUUUAUGACCCAGAAAAGUCGUUUGUGUGAAAUAUUCAGCAGAAGUCGGAGCUGUUGAAAACCAUACUCAAAGCUGAUCACGUGGGUGUUUUAGAGUUGUUCAGGUGUACACUUUAAAGGACCUUCUGAAUCCACACAUCUGCAUCUGAAGACGCCAAAGGCAGCUAUGUCUUCAGCAGUGGACCUGAAGACCAAGGAGGAGAAAGAUGCAGAGCUGGACAAACGAAUCGAAGCUCUGAGGAAGAAGAACGAAGCUCUGGUAAAGAGGCACCAGGAAAUACAAGAAGACAAGAAAAAGGCGGAGCAGGAGGGGAUUGCCGUGACAACACCUCGGAGGCCCCGCCCCCAUGACCCAGAGACAGACCGGAGGAAGAUGGAGAAAGAGAACAUCACGGUCACAGUAGACCUGUGUAAACCAGCCGGGGAGAAGAGAGUGGUGAAUGACUGGAAAGCAGCAACACCCCGUGGAAGGAAAAGCUCUGAGGAAAACGAUGACCACAAAGGGCCGAGUGAUGACCUCAGCACCCCCAGGAGGAUGGGUUCAGGAAGAGUGGGUCGGGGGGGUCCAAGAGGAGGUGGGGGUCGCCAAGAGAGGAGAGAUUGGGAACCAAGAACACCAAGAGAGGGUGAGCCCGGAGGCCCAGGUCGCAGAGGAGGAAGGAGAGGAGGAGCAGGAGGAGCAGCAGGAGGAGGAGGAGAGACUCCUGGUGGGGUCGACAGGAAAUCCAAGGAAUGGGAGGAGAAGAGGAGACAGAACAUCGAGAAGAUGAACGAGGAAAUGGAGCGGAUAGCGGAGUACGAGAGAGGACAGCGGGCGGAUGGAGAUAAGCCAAUCCGGAAUUUCCUGGAUGAUCCCAGACGUUCUGGUCCUGCUCCGGACAUGGACCGAAAGGAGGGCAGCCGGAGACACAUUCGGAAUUGGGGAGGGCUGGAUUUCGACAAAGUGAAGACGGGCGCGGAGCUAGAGAGAGAGUGGACCAGUCGAAGGCCUGAUGCCAAAGGCUCCGUGGACAUGACCAUGUCCAUGACCGGCCGUGAGAGAGCCGAGUACCUGCGCUGGAAGAAGGAGCGCGAGCAGAUUGAUGAGGAGAGAUUAGCUCGCCAUCGUAACGCCACAGGGCAGUGGAGACGAGAGUGGGACGCACAGAAGACUGAGAACAUGUUUAAGGAGGAGCCAUGUGUCAGUGCAGAGGGCGUGGCUUCUGAGCCAGGCAGCAGGAGAGACGACAGCAAGCGGCCUCCUAAAGCACCGACAUUUGGAGACUUCCUGUCCCAGGGCCGGAGCCAGGGCCCCCGAGGGGACCGGAGCAGAGGGCGGGGCCGAGGACAGAAACAGAACUACAGCAUGCACGACAAUCGCUGGGAAGGAGACGAGGAAGACGAGGAGAAGGAAAAGGAGGACAAGACAAAGAAAGAGAUGAAGACCGGGAGGAAGAGUGGAGAGGAGGACAACCCAAAACCUCAAACACCACAGAAGGUGGAGGAGAAGAACUCAGGUGAAGAGGGUGAAGAUGACGAUGAGUGGGAGGAUGCUAGUGAUGAAGAAUAUGAGGAAGUGGUGGAGGGACGAAGCUCCGGAGGCAGCGAGAAGAAAGACAAAGAGAAGCCAACUUCUUCCAAACGUGGUUCACCAACAAUCUCUGCAGGAAGCCCCAAAGAGCAGCGGACACCGAGGCCGAAGGUCCACAUCCCUCCUCCUCCUCCUGCUGCAGCGCUUCAGGAGUCUUCAGGAGGAGCUAAACCCCCGAGCCCCUUCUGCCCCCUGGAGGGCCACCAGCCUGUCUCUGACUGGGGAGAGGAGAUGGAGCUGCUGUCACCUCGAAGCAGCAUGGGGGGGGAGAGCCCUUUGAAGCCCCCGAGCACCGAGUCCAGCCCCCCUCAGAAAAAAGACCCGGAGGAGGAGAACCGAACCGGCAGCUGCAGAGAGCCACAGAAACAGCACACAGCAGAUGUUUGUUCUCCAGAAACCCGCCAGCAGCCUCUCACAGAACCAGAACCAGAACUGACCACCACUCACUCUCCUGCCACGUUGCCUUCUAGCCCCGCCCCUUCUGAGAUCCCUGACCCCACCCCCUCCUCUCUUCCUGUGGCAGACCCAUUGGAGGUCUGUGAUGCUGCUGACCAGCAUACAAACGCCGCGCCGUCUCCAGGAGAAAGCCCCGCCCCCUCUCUUCUCCCUCCUGCUGAGAAGAGCCCUUCUGAGUCUGAAGAAGGUAGGGAUGAGGUGCCUGCUGGGAACGCUGCAGCUUCAGAACCAACGUCUUCAGGUUGAAGCUGAUGGGAGCAUAGAGACGAUGAAGAGCACCACCACCAUCAUCAUCAUCAUCACCUUCAUGGACCAACCGUUCUCACAGCUGGCUUAAGACUUUGGAUCGCAGGUUCUGAUCCACCUUUUCACCCGGUUCUGUUCACACCUGAAGCCUCACAGAUCAUCAGAAUGUUUUUGGGUGUGAUGAUGAAGACUCCUAAACCCAGCUGCUGUCUGAGCUCAGAGCUCCAGAGCCGCUUUAGCCUGUGGAACGGGCUUGGGCUUUAGCCCUAACCCCCGCUGCAGCAGGAAGGAGAGCGGGUCUGAGUCUUUCAUUUAGCUUUCACAGGCAAACCAUGCACCGCGUUCAUAUCUGACAUCAUCUUCUUGAGCCAGUAGGAGCUAAAUGAGCCUUUACAGGUGAAUGAAAAGUCCCGCCCCUGUGAGCAGGUUACCACGCUUGCAGCUUCAGCCUGUUUUAAUCCUGCAUCAGACAGAUGUUCCAGCUGUUUCCUCCGUUUCUGCUCUUAUUCUGUUAGUGACCACAUAAAAACCUCAGCAAUCCUUUUCUCAGCUCGUCAGAAUCUCGUUGGUGGUUUAGUUCGGGACGCGCGCGGCGUACCUGUGAACGGAUCUGCUGCUCGUGCCGUCGUCGGCGUGUGAAACGUGAAGCGGCGGCCCCGCCCACGUUGACCCGACCCGUUGGAGUGGUGUGUAAAACCCCAGCUGGACCGACUCACCUGCUCCGUGUCUCACAUCACUUUAAACUUCAUCAUGUGAGCAGAACCACCCGUUCACCGUGUGAUGUCAUGAUGACAAGCUCUGAUGCAAAGAAGCCACUUUUCUUCUCGGCUGCCGGCCAAGUGGAGGUUUUAGAAACGUUGAGUUUAUUUUGGAACAAGACCUCAUCUCAGCAGACGUCAUCUUCCUGUGGACCAAACCACAAACGCUUUCAUGUCCCAGUUUGAAGUCCUCUGAGGAGUGGAAGUGGUGAAGCUUCAACAGUACAGAUGUAUUAACUGGAGAGCAUCAUUACUAAUUUACUACAAAUGAUAAUAAUGAGAAUCAAGCAUCGUUUCUGCGUUGCUGUCUGAGACAAACAUCGGGCUCGUCGACACAGAAACCAAAUAAAGCACCACUUUUAUUCUCAUUCAGAGGAAAUGAGAGGAUUCCCUCCGACUCACGGCUUUCUGUCACAUCAGUGGCAGAAUAAGACGUUUGAGUCCUUUACGUGAAUUUAAUAAACCGUAGUUUGGUGCACACAGGAAGCCCAAGCCCCGCCCAUCUACUUCCGCAUCACGGGUUCCUGGAAGAAGGAAAAAAUGAACGGGGUCUACUCCGCUUGCUACGUGCCAUUGAUUUCACACAUGAUGUCCGUGAAUUUCAAAGAAGCUUUUGGUACCAAGAACGUGUUAUUUUCAAACGGGGGAUGAUAUUUUAGGUUUUGUGUGAAAGUAAGUCCAGGACUACAAAUGCGCUUCACCGUCAUCGACCCAGACACGGAGAAAAACAGGGAAACGGGCUGCAAGUUCAGCACACUUCCAAUCCUUCCUUCAGGAGGAAAACCACCAUGAAUCUGGUCAUGUGGUGAGAGGCAGCUACGCUGGGGGAGGAGACUAAGUGGUGAUGUCACAUAAGCGAUGUACCGAUUUCUGGUGUGUAGUCGAGCUUUAACAAGCUGAUAAAUCUCAAGUACAUGACUGGCGUGGUCGAAACACAAUCAUUAGUUUUCAUUUACCGUAAUUUCCGGCCUACACGCCGCUAUGUGUGCUUUGAAGCCUGCGGCCAGUAUCACGGUGCGGCUCAGGUGUAGAUUUUUGUUGGCCAACAACCACUAGAGGCACUCUCCAGCAGUAAAGUGAGACACGCACGGCAAAACGUAAUGCGUGGAAGAAGACGCUCUUUGAUUUAAGCGGCACGCUUACACAUCGGACACACCCUCGUCAUGGAAAACACGCGGAGGAAUGCACGUGCUGCAGCUUUCCAGUUAAAAGCGAUCGAUCCGGCCAUCAAACAAGGAAGCAGAGCCACUGCACGGGAGCUUGGCAUGAAAGAAUCCAUGGUGCGACGUUGGAGGCGGCAGCAGGAAGAACGCAGUCGGUGUAAAAAAACCACAGAAGCUUUCAGAGGAAAUAAAAGCAGAUGGCCGAGGGGUUUCCACGGUGCAGAUCAUCACUAGCCAGGGCUUACUAAUGCUGUCAGCGCUGUUCUGUUCUUCUAAACAUGCAGAUUACCGGUAAUAACGUGUCAGUGCUGUUUUUAUUUUAUAACAUCCAGAAAUAUGAAUGCUAUCAGUGCUGGUUUCUUUUCUACACUUGCAGACACGUUCACCCGUGUUUAAAAUUCGUUUUGUUGAAUUAAAACAACGAAAAACCUCCGUGUAGCAUCUUUCUGUCUAACUAUCUGAUGUCAUGGCCGUACAUGCGCUGUGCGCCGGAGACCUGCAUGUGGCCGCUGCGCCGCGGCUUGUGUUUGAGUGCGGCGUGUGUGUGUAGAAAACCUUUUUUUUUUUUGUUGGUGCGGCUUUUAUUGAGGUGCGCUCUAUAGUCCGGAGAUUACGGUAACUGGAGUACAACAUGUGGUCCGGGUCUAAGGCAGAGCGGGUUAGAAACCCCGAUCAGCGACCUGGAGCCGACGGGAAAGGACAGACUUAGACUCCCUAUAAACAUUUUAGAUUUCAUCCCAAACAGCCUCAGAUCUAAAACACGUGUUUUAAACUUGUUCAGGAUCCAGCAGGUCAUCCAUGCUGGACGUGGGCGGGGUCUGCACACACUCACUCAGCAAAAUGUCCAGUUAGAUCUAAAUAAUCCUCUAAAUCCCAGAAACAUGUACAGUCCACAUUCUUGCUGUAAACAUGCACUCGGCCUGGGUUCGACUUUCCAAACACAUUCUUCAUUUUUCUGAGAAUCAUGAACAGAAUUCUGAAUAAAUACGAUGGUUUUUACUGCAGCCACGGCUAAAACAGCGACAGCAGCAGGUAAAUCACACCUGCUGUGGCUACGGGUCGCAGCUUUGAGCAUGAACUGGUUCACUAACAGUAACGUAUAAAAAUAUCUGCCGCAGUAUUUGUAACACAAUGAAUGAGGUCCGUGUGGAAGAGUCCCACGAUGCCAAAAAACAGAAAAUAUUUAUUUACUAAACAAAAAUAACUCUUAAUCCAUAAAUGAGUUCUCAUUGUGUCACCGUUAAACCACUUCUGUCUGGUUUUCAGUGGUUUUAUUGGUCUGUUUGAGGGUUGGUGGGCGGGGCCUGCUCAGGCCUCUGCAGCCGACCAAUCAGAAGGAGCUGGGUUUUCUGGGGUGGGGCUUUUUACAUUUAUUUUUAACAGGAACUAUUUGGUCAUGUUGGACUUGAUUUGUGGUGAUUGUGAGUGUUCUGACUGUAUUCGGUUUACAGACAUUUCUAUACGUUCAUUGCUCUGGGAUCUAGAGGUUAGCCCUUUGGGGCGUUAGCAUGUAUGAAAUAAUGAGGUGGGAGCGUUUUAAUGUUGUCCAAGCCAUCAAAUGUAUUAAUGUGUUCCUAAUGACAUGUUAAUUUAGCCAAUAAAUGUGUUGUUUUCCACCAGGCUCCUGCUUCUUUGUUUUUAUGAAAGACAAAACCAACACAUUGAGUCUAAAUCCCGGGAAAGUUAAACGGGCCUUCUGAGUGAAGGUCAGCUGGAACUCUGGAUGCUCGCGCAGCGUGUUUACAAGAGCAUCAGAAAACCAGACUAUUGCCCUAAAUAGACUUAAUGCAUGUAAAACAUCAACAUAUAUACUGGAAACUAAUGUCCAUAGGCUCCAAGUAUGUUUUUGUUUCCAAAUGGGAGGUUCCCAACACCACCAUCUUGACCAUGUCACACCUCUCGUCACGCCCGGACAAUCCAAAAAUGGGAAAAGAGGUGGGGCUGUUACGGUUGGAACAAGAACCAAUGUAGCUACUAGCUAACUUGGCUAACCCAAGAAGCUAAGAAGGGGGACCGGGUGGCCGACCCGCACAGCCGACUGGCUUCUGUACGAGGCUGUAGUCAUGCUGGUCGCCUGUGGAGAUCUAAUACAGACCAAGACUUUUAAUUGCAAACAGAACCUCAGACCGCUGCGAUCGUAGCUGUGCCCUUGUACAGCAGCUCAUGCUCUACGCUCGUAGGAUCACAAUCGGCGAGACAUUAGCUAUAUGCUAACCUGAAGCUAACGGAGUUUUCCCAUGUGUUUUGCACAGUAGAACAACUCCAAAAGGAGGGCACCUCCGGUCUGCUUGGUAACAAAAUCAUAACUACGUAAGCUGAUCGAGGAUGAGCUUCAGUUCAUCUCCAAGAUCUUGGAAAAGGUUGUGGCUAAACAACUCACAGCUGCUCUUGAUGAACAUAACAUCUAUGGUAGCUUCCAGUCAGGUUUUCGUAGAGCUCAUUCUACUGAAACAGCUCUUCUUAGGGUCUCUAAUGACCUUCUGACUCACAGUGAUGCAGGGGACUGUUCUGUUCUGGUCCUGCUGGACCUGACUGCAGCCUUUGACACUGUUGACCAUCACCUGCUACUGGAGAGGCUGAGAGACUGGCUAGGCCUAUCAGGAUCUGCUCUGGAGUGGUUCUCCUCUUAUCUCUCUGAGCGCUCCUUUUCUGUGGCCGUCUCCAAGUUUAGGUCUUCUCUCAGGAGACUCUUGGUGUGACCUUUGACCCAGCUCUCACCCUGGAUUCUCAUGUCAGUUCUCUUGUUCGCUCUUCCUUCUUCCAUCUCAGGUCCCAUUCUGUCCCGCUCUGAACUUGAGACAGUUCUCCACACCUAAAAACGCCUGGAAAAACUCUGUUAGCUUCAGGUUAGCAUGUAGCUAAUGUCCCACUGAUCUCUGCUCGUGGAGAAUGAGCUGAUCUAAAGGGCCAGGGCUCCAGGUCGCAGCGGUCUGGUUCUGCUUGUAAUUUAAGAUUCCCAGUCCAUUUAGGUCUCCACAGGCGACCAGCAUGACUACAGCCUCGCACUGAAGCCAGUCGGCUGUGCGAGCGGGCUACCCAGCAUUCCCCAGUGCCAUCCUUAGCUUCUCGGGUUAGCUAAGUUGGCUAGGAGCUACAUUGGUUUCAUUUGUUCUAACUCUCUUCCAAACGCAACAGCCCCGCCCUCAGCUCCACCUCUUUUCCCAUUUUUGGAUUGUUUGGGCGUGACUCAGUCCAAAAAUCACUGGUGGGAACCUCCCGUUUUUGGCUACAACUUCCCCCCCGGCGGAGCAAUGGGCGGGCUAUGUCCAUAUUUUUGUAUGUCGAUGUGCCAGACCCUAGUGGAUGAGAGUGGAACUGCAGUUUUUGCCACUUCCUUGUUAGCUUCAGGUCUGAGAGCCUGGGUUUUCCCCAUGAUGUAAACACGUUAGUCUGGCUGAAGGCUAACUGGUUCUAACCGUGCUGAAGCACCCAGAUGAUGCAGUAGGAAACUGUCUGCAUCUAAAUGGAUCGGUCGUCCUGAUACCGGUACCUUCCGAAAGUGUUGAGACCGCGGAAGCAGUCUUCUAAUUAUCAUCACCGCAAAGUAACACCGUCAAACCGCCCAGCCCGUACCAAAUCUGUUGUCAUUGUGCACAUCCUGUUUCAACUCUGUCUGUUUCACUUCAGAUUCACAGACAUCGUGUGUGAGGUCCUCAGCACAUAACAAACAGGAUUAGAAAAUAGCCUUUUUAGCCCCGUCGACUUAUUUUCUAGGGCUUCCGGGGAUCCAUGGUUCGGAAGUAGAUGGGUGGGAUUUAGGCUCGCUAUAAGCUAACCGGAAGAAUGCUGACACUAACGAGCGUGGAACGAACUUCAUCUGAGUUCAGCUUUCCGAGUGCUGUAAACUAGGAUAGAGGCUCCCAGUUUAUUACUUUAGGUCGACUUCGAUGCAAAUGUGAGCACCGCGUGUAAAACCCCACGGUUCCCAGUGCUGUUGGCUCUCAUGUACUCACAUGUUUGGCUUCUGUUAGCAUGAGGCCUUUAAAGAAGUGGUCUAAUAAGAGAGGAAGGUGGUAAUUAUUCCAACUCUAACCCUUCCGACCACCAUGGUUGGGAAUCAGCAUACAGCCAGUGUGUGCUGCAGGUGACAGCUGGGCACCAGCGGGGGGUUUCGUGUGGAGCAGCUCUGCAGAUGUUUCAGCCUGAAGAGGAAAACUAACGCUAACGUGGAGACGCAGGACAGCCUGCGCCUGCAGCUCUCAGGCAUCUUCUGCUGCGGGACGUUUCUCUCAAACUGCGACCCAAUCCUGGCACUUGCUACUUUCAGCUCCUCCUCCUCCCACCGUGGUCAAGUCUGACAAAAACGCACACGUCACUGGAAACUGGAACAUUUUUGCCCUUCAGAAUAAGAGGCAAUGUCGGUGUCUCACAUCAGACAAACCUAGACCCUUUAUCCUUCUAGAGUGUCACCAAUGCUUGUUUUUGCUUGUUUCAUCAUUGUAUCAAGCAACCACGCCUUUAAACAACCUUUACUGCAACCACGCCUUUAAGAUUCAGAUUCAGAUUUAUUGGCCAAGUAAAAUUACAUUUACAAGGAAUUUGUCUUCGGUAGAUGUUAAACAACCUUUACUGCAAACAUGCCUUUAUUUGAGUCCCGUAUCACAUUUGUGUUUAUCCCUGUGAAAUGAUCAGAAAACAGUCACUGGAUCGAAAUCAUUAACUCAACCCAAUUCAAGAUGGCUGCCACAUGAGUCAACAUCGGCUAACAAAGAAGCUCCACCAGUUUUAUAACCUAGAACCUGAGACAGACAGUAGCCACGCUCUAUUAUAGCGACCUGACUGGGUGGCGUCGGUCUGGGUCCCGCAACGAUAGGUUUGUUCACACACACACACACACACACACAUGCAUACACACACACACACACACACACACACACACACACACACACACACACACACACACACCUCAGGAACAGAGAAAUUACUGAGUAUGUGGGCGGGGUAUAAGACAUGCGACAAAGUCCAUGGUGUCUGCCUUACAAACGACGGCUGUGCCCACGCGUGUGUGUGUGCGUGUGCGUGCGUGCGUGUGUGUGUGCACGUGUGCGUGCACAGCUCCAGUCAGAGGCGACAUUGACUUCUCAUUAUCCAGAAUGAUGGUGAACGCUAACCCUAACUCCGCGACAAAACAAAGAUGGCGGUGGCUCGAUUGAAACAGCUUUGGCAUCUACUCUGUACUUUAUCCAGAGCAGGUAGAUGUACUUGAAGUAACAACAGAUACUUUUUUAACUUUAAGCUAGAGCUUUAACAUUGAUCUCAGUGAUAGUUAGAAAUAGAAAAGACUUUAUUGAUCCCACAGUGGGGAAAUUCACUGGUGACAGCAGCAUUACCCCUUAAGAGAAUGACUAGAAGAAGAAGAAUGAUGAAGGUACAUGUAUGUAAACACAUAAGCAGUAAGUUAUUAACCUUCAACCACUAAAAAAACAAACUUGGAUUCCAGAACUAUGCAGCAUUCAGUCAGGGACCCAGACAUCCUUUGUAAAUCUGGUAUUUCACGGGUAUUGAGCACAUACUGAGUAUUGAUCUGACCAGACAAAACGGACACCACUCUGCAGCCCUUUGCUGAUCAAAAACUGCACUAGAUACUUUUGUGGAGCGGCUAAUGCUCUAGGGGGCAUUUUUUACCUGCUUUAUGGCUUUUAGCAGUUAUGCUAGCAGUGAGCAUCUUCGGUUUGCUGAUUGUCAAUAAAAACAGGAAGUUGUUAUUUUUUCUUAUGGCAUCAUGCUGGAGCCCGGAAAUGGAAGUAGGAGAGUAAGUCUGUGUAGGUGAGGAAAAGAGCUAAAAACCAGAGUGAACUUUGGCGCAGCCUACACUCAUCUGAGGGAGCUAAAGGAAGCUACAAAAUCACAGACUGAUGGUGACCUGGCCUUGUUGCUACUGGACUUGUAAGUAAUAGUAUUUUUGUCCAGCAGUUUGGAUCUUUUUACUUUGUGAUUUAAUCAGUGUCAGUUGGCUCAUGUUAGUGUUAGCUUGUGGUUAGUGCUAACUACAGCAGGGUUGUUUACAGUUGUAAUUCCACUUUCAACCAGUAGGGUGGAUAAGCAGGAAACUGUGUUUUAUUUAGAAAAAGGGUGAGUUUGCAUCUUCUUCAACAGUGUAUGGCGGACUGUCUUGUUGACUGACGUCCGUAGUGGUAAGUAUGUCACGCUGUUCAUUGUCCAAUGGCAUGCAGAGACAGUUUGAAAGACAGCUGUAGAUUCUGCCCCAAGGGCAUAAAAACGAGUUUAGUAUUGGGGGACAUGUCCCCCCGGUUCCUAUUUCGCCCCACAACUGAGCUCUCCCUAUGGGUUAUGGCCAGACUAUAUAUUGGCGUGUUUUGUUGGGUUUCACGUGACGUUACAACUACAUCACCAAAUGCAGAUGGGGGUCUGGCAGUGGCCGGUGCCGCAGAAAACCCUUUUUACUUUGGUGAGUGGGCGUUAAAACGCUGAAAUUCUAGGCAGUUUACAAUUAUUACGAUCACUGUAAUCGGGACAAAGAUAAACGUUCAUAUGAAGUCCCGAAUGUAGCGCGCCACAAAGGACUUCAUUUAAAAAACGUACUGAAAGAAGAAGUGGAUCAGUAAUCUAGCUAGCUUUAAACCGGAGCAGAAACGGACGAUGCUGGAGUUCACAGAGAUCACUUUCUACCAGCUAAGAGAUUACGGAGUGUUAUAUUCACUUGUAGCUUAGAAACAGCCAUAAAAGCCACGGGUUAACAGUUUUAUACUGUUUUCAUGUGUCCUCACCGCUAACAGCUUUCAGAGUGCUAAUGCUUUUAGCAGUUAGCUUAGUGUUGUAGCGUGGUGUUUAUACUUUAUCAAAAUCAAACAAACCAGAACUUCUGAUUUAAAAGGCUAAACAAAUAGAUGCUAGCCAUACGCAUCGUUAGCGUUAUUAUCAUGAGCUAAUGAAUUAAAAUAGCAUAACUCACUACUUACCUGAGCAAAAACAAGAAGACGGUUAUUUAAAGCUUCUCUGGAUAAAUAAAAGGUUAACCAACGUGGGUUGGCUAUAUGAAGGGUUAGCCGCAAACGUGGGUUUUACAGAUAGGCUUCAUGUAAACACUGAUAUCAUUUUCUAGCCCACAUUUAAAACUUUAGCUGGAACUUGAUUUAGAGUGAUUCACUUUUACUAAGCGGGUCGUUUAUUCUGAAAAGCUGCACCGGAAGCUGCCCGUUUACCGGCGAGCACCGUGACAGCUCGGAGAAGCGUCGCUGAGUUCAGUCAGCCCGGUGCGCACUGAGGACUCACAGGGGUCACGGAGCCACAGCGUCCCGGACCAGACAUUGGAACCGGAACCGGUACCGGAGGAGGGGAGAGCCGUCUUCACCGUCCGGACUCAGAUGAACAGACAACAUCCUCCAGAGCCAACAUCCGUGCACGAGAAAUCCGCGCUGAUCCCGAGAUGAAGGCGGUCGGGAGACCGAACGGAGACAUGAAGCGGAAACCGAGCUAUCCCGGAGAGCUGCGGGCCAAACACGCCAGCACGUCCACCAAGGUGUGGGUGAAGGUGGCCAUGGCCAUCGGCUACUUCCUCUGCGUGUCCGUGGCUGCCCUCAUCCUGGUCAUCUACUAUGCGGUCUUCUGGGUCCCCAAGGGCAACGACACCGUGACACCGAACAGCACCGAGUGCGGUCCGAAGUAGGCAUGGCGGAUUGGGCAGAGCCCAGGUCUUCCUUCCCGGAGAGAAGAACCCACCUCAAACAGCUUUAGGAGGAACAUCCGUUCAUGUAGCCUUGAAUUCAUCCUGUCACUCAUGGAUGGAUUAUUCUGGUUCACUGAGCUGCUGGGCACAGACCCCCAUCAGGACCCCCCAGAGGAGAACCGUCCUGCUUCAGCGACAUUCUCCUAAAACACAACAGAAGCGUUUCAAGCCUCUUUAACACGUCUGGGGUUUGUUAUCAGAUGGUUUUAUUCUAACAAGUCUUCUGGAGCUGGGAUUAGCGCCGUGGUCAGUCUAAUCUGGCCUGUCUGAUUGUUUUCUUUGGUCCAUGAACGCACCAUGGCCAAGCAGCGGUGGGGUAGGAAACCGGUUCAGGGACUUGUUAACAACCUUUCAUCUGGAAUCACUUAACUUCCCGAGUCUCAAGUUUUCAAAGGUGAUGCUCGGUUUGGUCCCAUCAGGCGGUCAGAGCUAAAUCGGUAUUGGCUCUCAGACGCAGCAUCGGUGCGUCUCUAAUCAAAACGGAUGGGAAGGGUCGUGCUUUCUCCUGUUUGGUGAUGGGAGCAACAGCUCAGCUGGUUUGUUCGGUCGCUCAGACGUGCUGAAAACACUGAAGGGUGUCUGUGCUCGCUUGGCUCAGUAGUCCAUCCACGACCUCCCGUGGUCUCCUCUCAAAAAGCCAAAACCGGAGACACGAAUCUGCACUGAGGAGCCUCUUUCAACACUUUACUUUUGAACUGUUCUGUAGGAACGUGUGAAGCUGCGUUAAGUCCAGAGCUCACCUGGACGCCUCCUUCAGGACAUUUCCAGCAUCUACCUGCAGAAGGAUUGCCUUUUUAUUUCCACAACAGGAAGCAGUUUUAUUCAGGAAUCAGGGGGAAGUGGUACUGUAGCAGACGUAGCCUAAACCGUGAUGUUCCCUCACUGUCGGAGACCUAAAACAACUGUGUGUGCCUCACAGAAGGAGCAAGAACAUCUGCUGCAGCUUCACUUCCUGGUUUAGGCUCCAACCUGACAUGUAAGCAGACUGUUUUAUCUCCACUGCAGCCUUGUGAACCCACUGUUAUACGAUAAACUAUGCAUCUAUUCCA